AUGCAUCGCACACUGACAUUCGUCUCUGACGCUCGCGAAAAUGGCGGCGCAGCUAAGCACGCGUGCGCUUUCGCGCUUAGUGGAAAGCCCCGGAGUCACGUGCGUCUCAAAAAAUCUGGCAAACUGCAGCACGAUGAAACAUUGACAGGCAUUAUCGUUCAUUGUUGCUCAGAUACUACGAUGGCUUUAAGGAACUAUGUACAGCGACGUAAUCACAAAGAACGGAGUCAGCCACAGCACAGGAAGCAUUUGGGCCUUUUAGAGAAACACAAAGACUAUGUUGAGCGAGCGCGUGCGCAUCACAUCAAGCGAGACAAGCUCCAGCGGCUGAGACAGAAAGCCGCAGAUCGAAACCAGGAUGAAUUCUACACGGGCAUGAUCGGGAAGAAGACGGAGCGUGGUGUGCAUAUUGAUUCACGGGGGAACAGGCCACUUGAGAAUGAUGUAGUGUCGCUCUUGAAAACGCAAGACGCUGGAUACCUGCGCAAGCAAUUGGCGUCGGAGCGCAAGAAAUACAAAGCACUCGUGGAAGAACUAGCGCCGCGUGUGCCAGGCAUGCGACUUGCAUUAUUGCAAAAGAAACCAGACUUGGCCGAUGCGUUGCAACGUGCGAAGUUGCUGGGUGAAAAACGUGCGUCGUCGAAAAAGCAAGGCCGCGUUCAAGGGGCAGGGAAAAAGACGAAAUGGGUUGACAGUACUGAAGAGUUACGUCAAGCUGAACAGACGGCGAAGGAAACGAGCGCCGCCGCUGCAACCGGUACGACGAAGCUUACAAGAGCUGAUAAGGUUGGUGAGCGGCAACUGAGAAUCAAAAUUCGGGAACUAGAUGCGCGGCAGCGACGACUGGACGCCCUCUCUGAGGCAGCCCAAAAGCUUGAUGUUGUACGCACACUCAUGCGCACGCGAGGGGCGCAUGCUGUGCCCAGGAAGCAGCAAAUGCAAGACAUAAAAGACGCCAUCGGUAAACGGGGAGCUCAGCUCACGGCGAAAGGCUUGGUUGUCGAAGAUGAUGAUGACGAUGAGGAUACGGACAUGCAUGCAAGAUCUAAAACCAAGUACUACAAGUGGUCGAAUGAGCGGAAGAAGUAA